ACAAGCCACGCCUCUUUAAUAAAAUGGCGACCAGUAGCAGUGAAAGUGAUGACGAUGAAAAGGCUAAGCUAAGGGAAGCAACCGUAGGAGCUUUGCCUGUAGUGACUGCUGAUAAAAAUACCAAGGCCUUGAGUGGAAAAAAUGAAAAAAGAAACGACUUUAUGGCAAACAAACUUGAAAAACUAUUGGAUGACAUGAUAGAAUACACAGAUCCCAAAUCACCUGAAUUGUCCUCUAUACUAGAAGGAGUAACAGAUGGGUCAGAUAGUGGAAAUAAUAUUAAAUUGCUUUCGUCUUCAAAGGGGGUCGUCAUAGUAACAGGCUCCUCCCAAACCCAAUCGAAAUCUCACUGAGCUCUUUUUCUCUUAGUGACGGAGAGAGGGGAAGCAGCUGGAGAUGGACUUGAUGACACACGGUGUCUCUUUCUUGAUGAAGAUUGGUCACCAUCCCCAACUCCUUCUUCUAGUAAAAAGAUUACUAAUAGCAACAUUGCUGCUUGAAUAAUAAUACACUGCAAUAAUUUACUAUUAGUGUAAAAGUGAUUUCAGGUGUAGUUUAGUACCAAAUUGGGACAUUACAUUAUAGAGACUGUAUUAAUCUCAA